UCCAUAUAACAGAUUCAUAUGUAUUAAAUUAAGCAAAUAUCACAAAAAUUAUAGUCCUUGUAACACUAUUCGUUAAUUAAUUAAUACCGUAACAAACAUAUAUAUUUAUCACCAGUAUAGUAUCUAAUCUAAUCUAAUUAGUAUUCUCGCCGGAUCCCGCCGGUCACGUUUGUCAGUUUCCACCUCCUCCCGCUGACUUAGCAAAUCCCCCUCAAACACACCUUCACCUUCAAAUAUAUAUACAUAAAGACAGAUACAGAUACAUACAUAUUUUCUCCCCUGAUAUUAUCGUCACUCUCGCAACUUAAUCUCUAUUUUUCAUUUCAAAUAAUUUUUUUAUCAUAACCAUGGGCCAAAUAACAACCGAUGUUGAUAUUAUGGUCCAUACAGAAAACAAUCAAUCACCGGAGAAGAAGAUGAACGUAACGGAAAGUGAAGAUUUCGAAGACCGAAAAACGGAACAACAAAUCGAUUCAGAUGUAAAUGAUAACGAUUCUUCUUCAUCAUCAUUAGAUGAUUCUAGUAACAGUGAUGACGGAGCUUCUGAUGAAACUGAAAAAUCACAUAUUAAUAAAAAACCGUUUGAGGAUUCCGAUAAAUGUGGCGAAGCUGAACAGAAUCAGUUAUUUAAUCCUCAGCUGCCUAAACCAGAAGCACCGCCAGGUGUUCUAAUUGUUUACACAGAAUCGAAAUCUGUUCCGCCAAUCAAACGAUCAAAUUCUAGUCCGGAAAGUGCUGUACAGAUUCCGGCGAUAGGUAAGUUUUUUAGAGAGAAAAGUAAUAGCUUAUCAGCAGCGAUAACUAAACGAUUAUCGUUAUUAACUGAAGAUAACGAAAACGACGUCGUUUUGGAUGGUAAUAAAUUUUCAAAUGUAACGGAGAUUAAUCUAUCAGGAGUUAAAGUUACAGUAAAGCUAAAAAACGAUAAAACCGAAAACGAACAGUUUAAAGGACGGAUCACGUUCUUUUCGAGAUCAAACUGUAGAGAUUCAAAAGCAGUCAGGUCAUAUUUCAGAGACCGAAAUAUACGCUACGUGGAGAUUAAUAUUGACGUGUAUCCUACGCGCGAGAAGGAAUUAAUCGAGCGGUCAGGAAGCUCCGCCGUGCCGCAGAUAUUUUUCAACGAGAAGAUGUUCGGCGGACUUGUGGCGUUGAAUUCGUUAAGAAAUUGUGGUUUGUUAGAGGAGAGGAUGAAGGAAUUGCUUUGCCGGAAGUGUCCUGAUGACGCGCCGGCGGUUCCAGUGUACGGAUUCGAUGAUCCGGAAGAGGAAAGGAUGGAUGAGAUGGUGACGGCGGUAAGGGUUUUGAGACAGCGGUUGCCGAUCCAGGAUAGGUUGAUGAAGAUGAAGAUCGUUAAGAAUUGUUUCUCGGCGGCUGAGAUGGUGGAGGUUUUGAUUCAUCAGUUUGACUGUGGCAGAAAGAUGGCUGUUGAGAUGGGGAAGCAGCUAGCAAGGCGACACUUUAUCCACCACGUGUUCGGGGAAAAUGAGUUCGAGGAUGGGAACCAUUUUUAUCGGUUUCUUGAACAUGAGCCUUUCAUUCCUCGAUGCUAUAACUUUCGGGGUUCGACAAAUGAUCUCGCGCCAAAGUCUGCUAAUGCAAUUAGCUUAAGACUUGCCAAGAUAAUGUCAGCAAUUCUAGAAUCCUAUGCAUCUGAAGAUGGCUGUCAUCUAGAUUAUUUGGGUAUAAGCAACAGUGAAGAAUUCCGGAGAUAUGUGAAUCUGAUGCAAGAACUACAAAGGGUGGAUGUAUCAACUCUCUCGGUUUCUGAGAGACUUGCCUUCUUUAUUAAUCUACACAAUGCCAUGGUCAUCCAUGCUAUUAUCAGUAUUGGGCAUCCAGGGGCUGCUGUAAUUGAAAGGAGAGCCUUUAAUACUGAUUUUGUCUAUGUCAUUGGAGGCUCCCCGUAUUCCCUUUCAUCAAUUGUAAAUGGAGUUCUUAGAAAUAACCGAAGAGCACCUUACUCAUUUACAAAGCCCUUUGGUUCUGGUGACAAGCGUUUAGAGUUGACUUCUCCAAAAGUUAACCCAUUGAUUCAUUUUGGUAUCUGCAACGGGUCCAAAUCAAGUCCACCAGUGAGAUUCUUCACCCCACAAGGUAUUGAAUCUGAACUGAGAUUUGCCGCUCGAGAAUUUCUGCAGAGGGAUGGCAUCCAAGUGGAUCUUGCCAAGAGAACAGUGCACCUAACUCGAAUAUUUAAAUGGUUUAGCGUUGAUUUUGGACAUGAAAAGGAGAUCUUGAAGUGGAUCACCGGUUACUUGGAUGCACCCAAGGCGGGGUUGUUGUCACAUCUUUCUAGUGAUGGUGGUGCUGUGCAUAUUGCCUACCAGGACUAUGACUGGUCCAUCAAUUGCUAAUGAGCCACAAUCAGUGGCUCAAACAUUUUGUAAAUAGAACUAUAAUUUGAGUUUCAUUGAACAAUAUAUUAUCCACACUUAGUUUUGGAGUCCAUAAAAUAGAUUUUAGACAAUGAUCUAAAACAUGGAUCUCCUUAUGGGAGGUAUUUGUUGAUGAACUUAUCACAUACUGGUAAGUCGUAUUUUUGUUACAUUAAAGAACCCAUUUCAAAAGCAUAGGAAUGGAGUGAUCAUAUAUAGUUUGUAUUGUUGGACAAAUUUUCAGUCAUGUUGCUUUGUACUGUAA